GGGGGGCUGACGUCUUCUGGCGGGUGGCGGUGUUGGAGACGAGAGCUUGGUUAGCCGGUAUUGCUUCUGUCCCAGGAACGCGACGGAGAGUGAGGGAACGAGGGUCGCUUUCGGGGGCUGCUGCCUUCCACGUACGCGUCGUCGUGAGGAGCGCAGCCCGGACUCUCCUGCAACCCCUCCAGCUCCCUUUUCCGCACGCCUCGAGGCAGCGGCGGCAACCGAGACAGCGUCUCACCUUCCCCCACCCCUUCCCCUUGUCCCCCCGCCCGAGAGGGCCCGGUCUGCGCCCCACCCCCGUCCGUUCGCCCGCUACGCCGCCGCCAUGUCGGCGCAGGCCCAGAUGCGCGCGAUGCUGGACCAGUUGAUGGGCACCUCCCGGGACGACUAAGAGGAUUUACCAAUGAACCCAUGUUUACAAGUCCACGAUAUUAUUUAGCUGAAAUGACUGGAUUUUCACUGCUGUGUUGGGCCAGAAGGCCCUGGUGGUGGCAACCGCCUGUGUGCCACUGAAAAUCGUGCCGAUGCCUGGCAUACUGCAUAAAUGGAAGCAGGGUACCGCGUUCAAUGUAUCUAUGCCUGCCUACUUCAGUCUGCAAGGGAGUGUCAGAAAGGCCCCGCAUUCGCCGAGCCCAGCAAAAGGGAGACACUUCAGCUGGAACAAAAUAGUGGAAGAAAUGGCGUCUGGGGUUCAGUGGGGAUUCGCAGAGAUACUACUCGUCAACGAAUCAAAUUCAGUGAUGACAGAGUAUGCAAGAGUCACCUUCUGAAUUGUUGCCCCCAUGAUGUCCUGUCUGGAACUAGAAUGGAUCUUGGAGAAUGUCUGAAAGUCCAUGACCUGGCUUUAAGAGCAGAUUAUGAAAUUGCAUCCAAAGAACAAGAUUUUUUCUUUGAACUCGAUGCUAUGGAUCAUCUUCAGUCAUUCAUUGCAGAUUGUGAUCGAAGAACAGAAGUGGCUAAGAAAAGAUUAGCAGAAACUCAGGAAGAGAUUAGUGCUGAAGUUGCAGCAAAGGCAGAACGUGUUCAUGAGUUAAAUGAAGAAAUCGGUAAAUUGUUGGCUAAGGUGGAACAGCUAGGAGCUGAAGGGAAUGUGGAGGAAUCCCAGAAAGUAAUGGAUGAAGUAGAGAAAGCACGGGCAAAGAAAAGAGAAGCAGAGGAAGUUUAUCGGAAUUCUAUGCCAGCUUCCAGUUUCCAGCAGCAGAAACUUCGAGUCUGUGAAGUUUGCUCUGCCUAUUUAGGUCUUCAUGAUAAUGACAGACGACUGGCUGAUCAUUUUGGGGGUAAACUGCACCUGGGAUUUAUUGAAAUAAGAGAGAAGCUUGAAGAAUUAAAGAGAGUUGUAGCUGAGAAGCAGGAGAAAAGAAACCAGGAACGCCUGAAAAGAAGAGAAGAAAGGGAGAGAGAAGAAAGGGAGAAGCUGAGGAGGUCUCGAUCACAUAGCAAGAAUCCUAAAAGAUCCAGGUCCAGAGAGCAUCGCAGACAUAGGUCUCGCUCCAUGUCGCGGGAACGGAAAAGGAGAACUCGAUCCAAAUCCCGGGAGAAACGCCAUCGCCACAGGUCCCGCUCCAGCAGCCGUAGUCGCAGCCGCAGCCACCAGAGAAGUGGGCACAGUUCUAGAGACAGGAGCAGAGAGCGAUCCAGGAGGAGAUCCUCAAAAGAGAGAUUCAGAGAACAAGACUUAGCAUCACGUGACAGAGACAGGAAUUCAAGAGACAGAUCACCUCGUGACAGAGAUCGAAAAGAUAAGAAGCGGUCCUAUGAGAGCGCUAAUGGCAGAUCAGAAGACAGGAGGAGCUCUGAAGAGCGCGAAGCAGGGGAGAUAUAAUUAGCUGUGUACAUAUCCUCAAUCCUUAAGCUUCCUCUGGAGUUACAUACUAUUGUUUAGUUUACAGCUGUUCAGGGUGACACAGUGAGCAGUUCCAGACACCGAUCCAGCUAGGCUAGGUGUAUAGCAUCUAACUUGAUCUGAACUUGUUUUCUUUGAUGAAGCCUAAAACUACAUCCAUAGUUUCUGGUGAACUUGUAAUACACUUCUGAAAGUACAGUUUUAUAUAAUAAGAUGCUGAUGUCUUUAUUCUUUCUAGUAGGAGUGAUAGUGAAUGAAUUGUGUUAACUUGCCUUGGGAUUUUUUGAACAUUUGUAAAAUGCUGUCUUCCCUUCUCGUCCAAAAAACAGCAACUUUGGGAAUUUCUUUUUAAUCCUUCUUCCUUUGACUCUGUAUCCCCUGAUACCUCUACUCUCUAAUUGUAAGAGAAAGGGGUGCAGGGAAGCAAUAUAACUUCUGUUCUAAGGUUCUAUUCCCAUUAUUAAUUACUAGCUGAUUACAGUUCAGAACAUUUAUACUGGAAUAUGUGCUGGAGAAAUUUAAAAUACUGGGAGUUUUGUUUGUCUAACGGUGCCUAUUUUAGAGUGGGAAGUUGAACAGCUGUUGCAUUACAUGCUUUGCUUUUUAUUGAAAUUUUGAAAUCAAACAUGUCUUGGUUUUUCUGUUCUAUUGAAUAGCUACGUUCAGGAUGUUUUGAGAUGGGGGGGUGGGGGCAGGGACUCUUUCAUAAGCACUUGUUUUAUUUUGUGUGUGUGGAGUAUAAAGAUUACACCCUUAUUGUAAAAAAUAAUAAAAUGAAAAUCACCACCACCAUCGUUAAACUGUAACUUGUCUAGUAAAUUGUCACUAGAACUACUUGCUGUGGCCAUUUCUAUUCUGUUACUAAUAGUGCCUUACUGUGCAAGGCACCAAAGGAAAUAAAUAUAUACUUACA